GCUAUAGGGGUUCCUAUGAUAAAACUAUCGGGAAUCGGGAGUCAACCUGUCAACUUAAUUAUACAGUGGUAUUUUUAGCUCCGCUCUAGAAAAUGUAUGCAAUUUCCUUAGUAUAGUUUUACAUCUAUUGCCAGUAUUGUAUUUGACUUUUUUUAAAUACGUUCCUUUCGAUAACUUUCUCUACUUUAUUUAUGUAGUUCUAAAAAUAUCUUAGAAAUUUUCCCGAUGUGUUACAAGCAGCAAAAAUACAUUUAGUAGCAAUACUAAAAAGAAAAAUAGAAAGUAAAAUGUUGUUUAAGAUUGUAUUAUAUUCUAUAUUUUGUGUUUACGUGCUCAUAGGAUUAAAUGGCACAAAAGGAUCAUUACAAGGAGAAGAAGUUCACCAAUGGGCUAACACAAUAGGUAAAGAAUUAUGGACUCUAGGACAAGCAAUUACACGAUAUUCAGAAAUACAACAGAAAUACACGUUUUUAAAUGCCAAAGUGCAAAAGAAAGACCCAAUGGGCCUAAUGGAUGAAAUUAAAGCAAAUAUGUCCAUUAUGAUCAACAGAAAAAUACGUGCUAUAAAGUUCAUUCAAGAAACUGCAGAAAAAGUAGCUGAAUCAUUUGUGCCUAAUGAUACGUUUACCUACUACAGCUCAAAAUAUUCUCCCAUUGGAAAUGAAACUUUUAAAUCGUCAUACAAAAUAUUGAAAAAAAAUAAAGAUCUGUACAGACCGAUGACAUUCAAUAAUGAUACUCAUUUUUAUAAUAUUGCUGUAAAUACAAAUUAUAGUGCUGUUCACGUUCCAAUGUAUAUAUAUGAUAAAGAUCCAAAUGUUUCAUUUCACAUCCAGUGGUCAGAAAAAUUAGACAAUAUCUUUAUUUCUAAUUACAAAAUCGACCCAGCAUUGUCCUGGCAAUAUUUUGGAAGCUUAACUGGGAUUAUGAGGCAUUAUCCAGCACAAAGAUGGGAAGAGAAGAAAACUAUGGAGUUACAAUUAUUUGAUUGCAGGAUUCGCACUUGGUUCAUUGAAGCUGCUACAUGUACCAAAGAUAUUGUUAUUUUAAUAGAUAACUCCGGAUCUAUGAGAGGUAUGCCUCACCAUAUAGGCUUACUAACAGCUUCCGCCAUUCUGGAUACCUUAUCGAACAAUGAUUACGUCAAUAUAUUAAAUUAUACAGUAUAUACGAACUAUACUAUCCCAUGUUUUGACAAUAUGCUUGUACAAGCUACAGAAGAGAAUAUAAGAAUUUUCAAAGAUGUUGUUGAAAAAUUACAACCCGAGGGAAAGACACAGGUCACCCAAGCCUUGGAGGUCGCAUUCAAGCUACUAGCUUCAUACAGAAUAAGAAGAAAUUGUACCGAUGAGAAUAGUAAUUGCAACCAAGCAAUAAUGAUUAUUACUGAUGGAAUAAAUGAGGACAUUACCGACAUAGUUACCAAAUACAAUCGUCUUCACAAUGAUACUAAUAUACCUGUUAGAAUAUUUGGAUAUUUGGUCGGAAAAGAAGUGACAAAUCCCCAAGAAAUGAAAGACACGUGCUGCGAAAACAGAGGUUAUUAUACUCCUGUUGCAAGUUUAGAACAAGUCAGUGUUUCUGUAAUUCAAUAUGUGAGCGUGAUUGCACGGCCAUUAGUGUUGCAAGGAGAGGAUCACCCUGUAUCUUGGACUCACGCUUAUGCAGAUGUAACAUAUGACACCAAAUUGGAUAACACUGUUGUAGAACCUUAUAGACUGUUAACUUCAGUGGCUAUACCAUGUUAUGACACAAAAACCAAUAAGAUGAAUGAUACUACAACGGCUUACCUUUUAGGAGUUGCUGGUACCGACGUACCAAUUGAUGAAUUUGAAAGGAUUACAGUUCCCUAUAAGAUUGGUGUCAAUGGUUAUGCCUUUAUUGUUAGUAAUAAUGGAUACCUUCUUAUGCAUCCUGAUUUACGUCCUAUGCAUGCAGGAGCAGUAUUGAAAUUCAACUACAAUAGUGUAGACUUAACACAAGUGGAACACCACGUUGACGACGAGUUAACUAUGCCUAGAGAAAUUACCGACAGUGUUCUGAAACUAAGGCAAUCCUUGGUUGAUGGCGAGACUGGAACUUUACCUAACAUAACUGUAAGGUACCAUUAUGACAACAUGAAAAGAGUAUUUGAAGCAAAAUAUGACUACUAUUACACACCAAUUGACAAGACUCCGUUCACCUUAGGAAUUGCUAUUCCACAUGGAUAUGGGAUGUAUUCUUUAGAGGUAGAGGAUGAAAUUAUGAGGAAUAAGUAUACUGGUGAAAAUUUGACCUCAUUCUUUACAGGAAAGUGGAAAAUUAACCCCAAAUGGGUAUACUGUAAAUAUCAUUAUUUGGAAGGUCACGAAUUUCCAACACCAGAGAAAGAACUACUUCACUUUUUAGCCAAAAUGUACGGUCCCUUUCGUUGGGAAAGUCAGUAUGAGGAUAAAGUAGAACUACUAAAAGAAGAUGACUAUUAUUGCGAUAUGCAUCUGGUACAAAGGCUUAUCUUCGAUGCCAGAAUAACACAUGAGAUUUUUAAAGAAAAAUGGCAGUUUAAACCAAGGGAACAACCUCUUUUUCAAAGAUAUAAUGCUUCGCUUAGAUUUGUUGCAACCAUGAGUGGGCUCACGAGAUGGGAUUAUAUUUUUGAUGAAGACAAAAAUGAUAAUACCAAAGGACAAACCAAAGAGUUUGGAGACGUUCAUCCAUAUGCUAUAAAUGAACAAUGGUAUAAGAAUGCAGUGAUCCAACGACAAUACGACGAAUCUUUUGUGUACUCGGUACCAUUUGAUGCUGGUACAAAGGAUACUAAUAGAAUAGUAACAGGAAGUUUUGCUAUAUUCCCAUCUGAAAAAGGCCAUAAAACUCCUGGAUCCGUGGUUGGUUUUCAGUUUUCCCAAGCUAAGUUACAAACCAAGUUUCAAGAAGUAUCAAAUAAGUUAUCGAACCAAUGCACACAUUGUAGUAGAUGCAAUGAUAACUUGGAAUGUUAUAUAGUUGACAGUUCUGGAUACAUUAUUGUGGCUGAAUACGAUGACAGAGCAGGACAAUUUUUUGGAAAAAUCGAAGGUGAUAUUAUGGGAUCCAUGUUAAGAGUUGGAAUAUUUAAACAGGCUACUAUGUAUGAUUAUCAAGCCUUUUGCAGAAAAGAAAAUAGUUCAGAAUCUGCAGCCAGUACUAUUCAUACUACUGUAGGAUAUGUGCAUUCACUAUAUAAUUGGUUCGUAUGGAAUUUUAUAUAUUCUCUACUGGAUAUUACCUUUAGUUCUUUUUCUACAAUGUCUACUUUUGCUCAAGAUUAUUUAGAUUAUGGAAUGGGUAAUGACACAGAUGCAGAUAUGCCUGACGAAGAAGAUCAACCAGAAUUUGAUGAGUCUCAAAAAAACUACUAUGCUUGUGAAACCGAAUUGAAUCUAUUCAUUUUACAACAAGAAUUAUUCCUUACAAAUUUUAAUGGAGAAAUUACCAACGAAGGUGGAAGAAACUACUAUGUUAAAAGGAUACCUUACAGCAACUUAAUAUUUGUUGCAAUAAAUAAAAGUAUACCACAGAAUAUUGAACCCUAUACUACAGAUCCUAUAAUAAUUACUGAACAAGCCAAUUUUGAAUAUGAUUUUAUUAAUUAUACGUUGCUGCCAUGCCAAAAAUUAGUCCUGAAUACGUUGUCAAGAAGAAGACUAACUGGCUGUUAUAAUGAACACCCUCUGGAAAAAGACAUAAAAGACUGCGGAAGAGCAGCCCCUACCCGAGCAACUUCGGUUAUGUUAUUAUUUUUAAUUUUAUUUAUAAUAUUGUAAAAAUGUUACACAAAAAAUAAUUAAAGAAUAAAAUUUCUAAUUAUUUA